AUGCUCCGCAGAGCUCCCUCAGGCUUCAGAACAAACGACCAGAACCCUACUACCGCCACAUCAGGCGGCUUCGGGCUCGUCUCCAAGCCUUUCAAGGCUCCCACCCCGCUCGCCGCUAAACGCCAUGUCGAUCUCCCCAGCCGGAAACGCAAAGCUGUCAACUACAAGGACGCCGGUGGGGAUGGCGAUGAUGCGAGAGAUGAGAACGUCGAUCCGAAUGAAGGAGGCGGUCCGAGCAAGAAAGUCAAGUACGCGAUGGGGAACAAGGAGUAUGGUGAUGAUGGGGUGUUGGGCAGUCUGGGGGCGAUCUGUAUGCGCAAGUUCCCGGUGUUUGCGGUCAAAGAGAAGGCUGGGGUGUUCAUGAAGACAUUCUCGAUUCCAGCGAUCAAAAACAAAGGCGCGUCCCAGGCUUUCGUCCAUUCCCUCUCCCAUGCUUCUCUUGGUGCUCGACCACAUCCCAACCUCGCCCCUCGCCCCCUGCACGAUCCCAUGUCCGACCACGCCAUCGUGCUGUAUGAUCCAACAAUCGACGAUGUUCCACCACCGGAGGACGAUAUCGACCCUGAAUUAGCGGCCGAGCUCAAGCGGAAGCGGGAAGAGGCGGCCAAAGGUCCCCACAAAAGUCUGAAGGCGAUACUGGGAAUAGUCGACAAGAAGGAAAAGAAGGAGGUGAAGGUGCCGGUGGUUAUCGAUCCGAGGCUGGCCAAGUUCUUGCGGCCGCAUCAGAUCGAGGGUGUCAAGUUCUUGUAUCGAUGUACCACCGGUCUUUUGGCGAACAAUGCUUGGGGGUGCAUCAUGGCGGACGAGAUGGGUCUCGGAAAAACGCUGCAAUGUAUCGCUCUGAUGUGGACCCUUCUCAAGCAGUCCCCAGUCGCCGGCAAGCCGACAUGCGAGAAGUGUAUCGUGGCGUGCCCAACAUCAUUGGUAGGCAAUUGGGCAAACGAGCUAGUCAAAUGGCUCGGUGAGGGCGCAAUCAACCCACUAGUAGUGGAUGGGAAGGGCGGGAAGGAGGCGUUGAUUCCGGCUGUUCGCCGAUGGGUCAAAUCGACUGGACGCGGUGUGACUCUGCCUGUGAUGAUCGUGUCUUACGAGACUUUGCGGACACUACAGGAGGAAUUGGCCGGCGCUCCCAUCGGCUUGUUGCUGGCGGACGAAGGUCAUCGACUGAAGAAUGCAGACACCCUCACUUUCCAGUCCCUCACCGCCCUCAACGUCCAACGCCGGGUCAUCCUGACCGGUACACCAAUCCAAAACGACCUGUCGGAAUACUUCGCCCUCCUCAACUUCGCCAAUCCCGAGUACCUCGGCUCGAAGGGCGACUUCAAGAAGAACUUUGAGUCCAAGAUUCUUCGGGGACGAGAUGCGGAUGCGUCAGAGAAGGACAAGCUGGAGAGUGAUGCCAAGUUGAAAGAGCUGGGUGGGCUGGUCAGCAAGUUUAUCAUUCGGCGGACGAACGAUCUGUUGUCCAAGUACCUCCCUGUCAAAUACGAGCACGUCGUCUUCUGUCGUCCCUCGCCCCUCCAGAGCAAGCUGUACAACCUCUUUGUCACCUCCAAGGAUGUCCAGCGGCUCCUGCGCGGAAAAGACUCGCAGCCGCUCAAGGCUAUCGGGUUGCUCCGGAAACUCGUGAACCACCCCGACCUGCUCAAUCUCCCGGAGGAUCUGCCCGGAAGCGAGGAGGUCCUGCCGGCGGACUAUCACGGCAAGGGUCGGGACCGGAACAUGAACUGCUCGUUAUCUGGCAAAUUUGUCGUUCUUGAAAGGAUGCUCCACCACAUCAAGACCCAAACGGACGACAAGAUCGUCCUCAUCUCGAACGCGACCCAGACGCUCGACCUCAUGGAGAAGCUCUGCCGGAAUAAGAAAUACGGCUACGUCCGCUUGGACGGGACGAUGAAUGUCAACAAGCGGUCCAAGAUCGUUUCGAGGUUCAACGAUCCGGAGGGCAAGGAGUUUGUCUUCUUGUUGAGUUCGAAAGCUGGAGGCUGUGGGAUCAAUUUGAUUGGUGCGAAUAGGUUGAUAUUGUUCGAUCCGGACUGGAAUCCGGCUAGCGACCAGCAAGCACUGGCUCGAGUUUGGCGAGAUGGGCAAAAGAAGGAAUGUUUCGUUUAUCGAUUCCAGACGACGGGGACGAUCGAGGAGAAGAUCUUUCAGAGACAAUGUCAAAAGCAGAAUCUCUCGGCCUGCGUGGUGGACGAAGCGGAAGAUACCGCUCGGCAUUUCACGCAAGACGACCUCCGCCAGCUCUUCAAGUUUAACGCGGAAACCCAGUCCGACUCGCAUGAUACCUACAAGUGUAAGCGGUGUCGGGAUGGAAAGCAGUUCGUGAAGGCCCCGGCGCUUCUGUACGGAGAUGCUAGCACAUGGAACCACUUUCCGAAUUCGGAAUUGGGGAAGAUGCACGAUGAUCUUCUAAGGGCGGAGCUGGGGUUGCCGGAGGUAUCGUUUGUGUUCCAGUAUAUUUCUCACUAG